AUGGAGAAGCUGGACACUAACGCCUCAAAAGAACAAAGACUCUGCCAGUUCUCGGAGGACUACAAGCAAAUCUACCUCUCUCUGACCUACAGUAUCAUCUUUGUGCUAGGGCUGUCCCUGAAUAGCACUGUCUUGUGGCUCUCCUGGUGCCAAACCAAGCGCUGGGGCUGUGCCACCAUCUAUCUGGUGAACCUGAUGGUAGCUGACCUGCUCUAUGUGCUGACGCUGCCAUUCCUCAUCAUCGCCUACUCCCUGGGUGACAGAUGGCCCUUCGGGGAACUGCUCUGCAGACUGGUGCGCUUCCUGUUCUACACCAACCUCUAUGGCAGCAUCCUGCUGCUGACCUGCAUCUCCGUGCAUCGCUUCCUGAGUGUGUGCCACCCCCUGCGUUCGCUGCCCUACCGGACCCGCCGGCAUGCCCUACUGGGUGCAGCUGCCACCUGGGCCCUGGUGGUCCUUCAGCUGCUGCCCACACUAGGUUUCUCCCACACAGACUACGUCGAUGGUCAGGUGAUCUGCUACGACACAACCAGCCCGGAGAAUUUUGAUCAGUUUUUUGCAUACAGCAUGGUUCUGACGUUGUCCGGCUUUGUCCUCCCCUCCUUUGUCAUCUUGGUGUGCUAUGCACUGAUGGUUAGGAGACUGACCAUUCCAGAGGACACCCUCAUGAGGACAAGCAACGCGGCCCGGGCCAAGUCCAUCCGGACCAUCCUGCUGGUGUGCAGCCUCUUCACCCUCUGCGUUGUGCCCUUCCAUGUCACACGCUCCUUCUACUUCACACUCCGUUUCCUGACCUCUCAGGACUGCCAGCUCUUGAUGGUGGCCAGCUUGGCCUACAAGAUAUGGAGGCCUCUGGUGAGCAUGAGCAGCUGCCUCAACCCAGUCCUAUACUUUCUGUUGGUUGGGAACAACAGAGUCAGGCUCUUCCAGAAACUGAAGCAUAACAAUGUGGGUGAGCACCCAGCUGGAGCCCAAGGAGAGAGGCCCAGGGGUGGGGAGAUCUGGGCACUGGCAAGAUGAAGUUUAGGGAAAACGACAGUGACUUGUUUGAACACAGUCAUGCUAGUGGGAGAGAGACUCAAGAUGUCCUAGUGGUGUCCUGCUAAAAAGGAUUUUAUAUUGAUGUUAAGAGCUUUUAAAACAAGAAUUUGGAGA